CGCCGCGCGCGUGUCUAGUGGCAAACAUGGCAGCUGUGCGUGGCGAAGAAACUGCGAGCGAUCGAAAGAAAAACCUUUCUUACGUGAUCGUUAACAAUAUUCCCAAAUUAUACCGUUCUGCAGACCUUCGUAACUUUUUCUCCGAGUUCAUCGAGACAUCGGGAUUUGACUGCUUCCACUUCCGUCACCGUCCCGAAGUUCAGCAAAAGAAGGUAACGGAAACCUCGCGAUCUGAUGAACUUCGUAAGGAUGACGACAGCUCUGCCCCAUCACGUAAAACAACGACGUGCUGCGUUGUGCGCGUCCUGGCUGACCGCGUGGACGAGCUGCUUCGAAUGUACGACAAGAAGCACUGGAUCGGACGUGACGGACAAACGCUGCCGACGCGAUGCUUCAUAAGGAAGGUUCGAGUCCGAAACUGCGAAACAUCGCAAACUCCUUCGUACUUUACCCGGGGAGAACAGAAGGCACUCAGAACCGAAGAAGGUGCUGUGUUGACUGAAACAGACUUGAAUACGCUCAUAGAACUUCGACCGCCUCCCGCGAUGCCCAACGGAAACGUGGGCACACCUACGAAAGUUUUCCUGGCGCUUAUUCAAGCCUGCAAGUUCCCGCCGUACCUGAUCAAGAAACUUGGACUCGUGUUUCCCCGAUCGAAGUCGCGUCGCCUGUACGGAAGUGUGCCUCUUGACUACGGAGACACUGCACGGAGCUCAAAGCGCAGGGAAAACAACGUGAAAGGUGGUGCCGAAGUCUCUGAAACGCCACUUGUGCGGACAGCGACUGGCACCGUCAUAUCCAGCGCCGCGCCCACGAGCCGAUUGAAGAACCAUGGUGACGCUUCGUUGAACGCUGAGGAGGAGCAGAACUUCGACGAUGCGCAGAACAAGGAAGAGAGCGAUGAUGAAGAGUGUGAGGAGUGGGACCGGCACGAAGCUCUGCACAAUGACAUUACAUCCCAAGAACGGACUCGGGAGCGACUGUUUGAAGAGGAACUAGAAGUCCAAUGGGAGAAGGGUGGUUCGGGACUAGUCUUCUAUACAGAUGCACAAUUCUGGGAUGAAGUGGAGGGUGACUUUGAUGCCAAGACAUCAGAUGACUGGGAUGUUGAUAUGAGUAUCUACUACAACCCAGAAUCUGGAGACAAAGAUGCACGAGACUAUGUCUCCAUGCUGCGCUUCAAGAGGUUGAGGGAGACCUCCGAGGAGAUGGACGACGAGAACAGGCUGGCUUCUUUUGAAAAACACACAAAGGGCUUUGGAAGUCGCAUCCUGAAGCAGCAAGGCUGGAGCGAAGGUGAAGGUGUUGGUCGUACCAAGGAAGGCAUAGCCGCUCCCAUUGAUGAUCCUGGUCAACACCCCUGGGACAGGUCUGGAUUUGGUUAUCGAGGUGAGAAGCUGAUACGAACCUUUACCAAGAGCAAGCGAAAGAAGCGCAGCCGUGGUGAAGCAUUCAUCUCGACAGUGUACGACCGGCCUCGGGAGACGGAUCCACCAGAUCCUCUGCUGCGCUCACAUGACACCACUUAUCUGCACUUUCGCAAAUCAUUCGUGAAGGGAAAGGGCACCAGUGAGGACUGAAAUAUUAACUGUAAAUAUUGUUUGUACAUUUCAUGCAUAAAGCAUGUUUUAUCAUGUA